AUGGCGGUGCUGCCCCGCUCCACGCCUCCGUCCGACCCGCUCGUCGCGGGCGUGGCCUUUGACGGGCUAGAGAAUGACUUGGUGGACGGUGGAUUCGUCGGCGAGGGCUCUGAGGAGGAGGAGGAAGUCUUGACGGAGCACGCCGGUCCGGGCGGCUCCUCCUCCUUUGAGGCCGUCCUGCUGCAGCUGGAGCAGGCGCCCAUUCGCCAACCACGCCAACACGAGGAGGUUGGCGGCUUCCUCUCAGCACACUGUGAUGAAUUUGAGGAGGGAGAGAACAAGCUGGAGUACACCGCCAUCUUUGAGAGGUACGUGGCGGUUCUCGAGGCGCACAUCGAGAAGGCCCUCGCCGCGCGGGUCGUCGGCCUCGACUUCUCAGCCUUCUGUGCCGAGCUGCUGGAGCGGGGCCCAUCGGCACUCGGCGAGCAGCUCAAUCUCGAUGUCCUGGGCUCCUUUGGCUUUGAGGGCUUCAAGGAGCUGAUGCUGGCGGAGAAGCGCGGCCGUCAGUGCUGCGGCGGCCUCGUCGGUGCUCCGCUGCCGCUCCACGCCGACGAGCAGGAGGACGGCGAAGCGAUCCCAGACCUAAACUUGCACAUCACCCCGGUCCCCUCGCUGUGGCGGCAUGCGCAGCAGCCCUCGGGGAUAUAG